AUGGAGGAGGAAGCCAUGGUUUGGUUUCAAAAUUCCACUGAAGCAGGUUUAUUUCGUUCUUGGUAUGAAUUUACUCAAGCAUUGCAAGUAAGGUUUGGAUUAUCUGUUUAUGAUGAUCCAAUGGAGACUCUUACAAGAUUGAAGCAAGUGAGUACAGUGGCAGCCUAUAAGACAGAGUUUGAUUUGAUUUCUAAUAGGCUCAAAGGAAUUUCUGAGAAAAAUAAGCUUAGUUGCUUUAUAAGUGACUUGAAAGAUGAGGUAAAAUUUACUGUGAAGAUGUUUAAUCCCAAGAACUUGAAUGAUGCAUUUGGAUUGGCCAAGAUUCAAGAACAGAAUAUUUGGAGCACAAGAAAGGUGUGGAAGACUACCUCAUAUGAUUCGGGACUGGUGGGUAGAAAUCAAUGCAGGCUCCUUCUAUUUUGGGAACACCUCCUCGAGGGGUAUGGAUUUAUCGAGUCAUGCGAAUCAGAGGAAGAAACUGAGCAAUCAAAAGAAGAUGAUAGUCAGCAGAUGAAAGGAGUUGCUGGUGUUGCUUCAAUUUCAGUUCAAGCCUUGGUGGGAUCACCAAGCCCAAAAACUAUGAGAGUUUUUGGCCAAAUUAGGAAGAGAAGGUUGAUUAUCUUGAUAGACAUUGGCAGUACCCAUAAUUUUGUAGAUACUGCAGUGGUUAGAAUUGCAAAUGGUGAUAUGGUGGCUAGUGAUGGGAAAUGUAGUAAUGUGGCCCUACAUAUACAAGGUACAACCUUUGUAUCUGAUUUACUUACCUUGAAUUUAGGUGGUUGUGAUAUAGUGUUAGAAGUACAAUGGUUGCUGUCCUUAGGCCCUAUCCUUUGGGAUUUUGGCAAGUUGAGUAUGCAGUUUACUUACAAAGGAGUUUUGACAUGUUUAAAGGCAUUAGUUUCUACUUCUAGCAACCUUGUUGAUGAUGUUAAGGUUGCCAAACUAUCUCCAAUGGAGAGCAAGGGAUUAUUUUUUCAAAUAACUACAGUUCAGUCUCAAGAGGUGUUGCAUGAUGUACCUCAGGAUAUCUUGAAUCUGUUAGACAGAUUUCAGAUAGUUUUUGAUAAACCAAGAGGCUUACCUCCACAGAGGUCUUAUGAUCAUCAAAUACUUCUUAAAAAAGAUUCCACACCAGUGAGUGUGAGGCCAUAUAGAUAUCCAUAUUACCAAAAGACUGAAAUUGAAAAAAUAGUCAAAGAAUUGCUACAGUCUGGUGUCAUUAGGCCAAGUCAGUCACCAUUUUCUUCACCUGUCCUUUUAGUGAGGAAGAGGGAUGGUUCUUGGCGAAUGUGCAUAGACUAUAGGGUACUUAGUGAAGCCACAAUCAAAGAUAAAUACCCUAUACCAGUAGUGGAUGAAUUGCUUGAUGAACUUUUUGGGCAGCUAUUUUUUCCAAGCUUGAUUUAA